AGGUCAUUAAUCCAUGCGCAUUAAUUGCGGUGGUAGUGAAGCAAAUGUUAGUGGUAGUAUAUAUGAAGCAGACAUAGAACGAAAAGGCGCUUCAAUGUUAUUUAUCACUAACGGUUGGGCUCUUAGCAGCACAGGGAGCUUCAUGGACAACGAUAUUGAUUCUGAUCCCUACACUGUGACCAAUACUUCUAAACUUCUUAAUGCCUCUAUGGUCAACUCGAAACUCUACACAACAGCUCGUGUUUCGCCUCUUUCUCUAACAUACUAUGGCCUAUGCAUGAUAAAUGGAAACUACACUGUCAAGCUUCACUUUGCAGAGAUUAUUUUCAUCAAUGAUAUGUCGUUUAACCGUCUCGGGAAGCGGAUAUUCGACGUCUACAUCCAGGACACAUUGGUGUUGAGAGACUUCGAUAUCGAACGAGAAGCUGGUGGUACCGAAAAGCCAAUUGUGAAGAAAUUUAACGCAACCGUCACGCAGAAUACUUUGAGGAUUCAAUUCUACUGGGCUGGAAAAGGAACCACCGAAAUACCGACAAGAGGAGUCUAUGGACCUUUAGUUUCUGCUAUUUCAGUUAAUUAA